AUGGUUGGCCCCAAGCGCUCGCUACUUACCAAAUUUACUCGCAACCAAUAUCUCGUUGGUUCGCUCCCGACGCUGGGAGGCCUCAUCUUCGGACUGGACAUUUCGUCGAUGAGCGCCCAGCUCUCGAACCCGUAUUAUCUCGAGACCUUCAACCACCCCGACAGUACUCUCCAAGGUUUGAUCAACGCCGUCAUGCCCCUCGGAUCCUUCUUCGGCGCCUUGUUCAACUCGUACCUCUGCGACUUGAUCGGCCGCAAGUGGUGCAUCAUCAUAAGCGGUUGGUCAUGGGUCAUCGGCGCUAUCGUCCAGUCGACCUCGAAGAACGUCGGCGCCCUCAUGGGCGGUCGCGUCGUCGCCGGUCUCGCCGUCGGACUCGCCUCUGCUAUCGUCACAAUCUGCAGGCUCUUUCUCUCAUCUGCGCACCAAGCGGAGAUCACCAAGCCACAGCUUCGCGGUCGCAUUGUGAGCGUCCAACAGCUUUCGAUAAUUCUAGGGAUUGCGGUGCAGUAUUUCGUGCAGCUGGGUUUCUCUUACCUCGAGAGCGACAAGUCCUUCCGCAUCCCCUGGGCUCUCCAGCUCAUUCCCGGCGCCAUCCUCGGCUCGCUCAUGUUCAUCUUCCCCGAGUCGCCGCGCUGGCUCAUGGACCACGGCCGCGACGACGAAGCCCUCCAGAUCCUCGCUGACGUCCACGCUGCCGGCGACACCGAAGACCCUCUCGUUCAGCUCGAGUUCAGCGAGAUCAAGCGCCAGAUCGCCUUCGACAACCAGCAAGGAGCGAAGUCCUACCUGGACCUUCUCAAGCCCGAUGUCCGCCUCCGUGUCUUCCUUGGCUGCGCAGACCAGAUGUGGUCGCAGUUGAGUGGAAUGAAUGUCAUGAUGUACUACGUCGUCUACGUCUUCCAAGGCGCGGGCUUGCAGGGACGCCGCGCCGAGCUCAUCGCCUCGUCGGUCCAGUACGCCCUCGCCCUCGUCUGCACCGUCCCCGCCGUUAUCUGGCUCGACAAGAUCGGUCGCCGCCCUCUCCUCGUCGGCGGAUCCGCCGCCAUGGCCACCUGCCUCAUGAUCGUCGGCGCCCUCCAGAAGACGCUCGGGCACAAGCUCGAGGGCGCGGAAGCUGCGGCAACUACGACUUGGGUCGUCACCGGCCACAAGAGCGGAAGUUACGCCAUCAUCGUCUUCUCGUACCUCUUCGUUUGCAGCUUCUCCGCCACGCUCGGACCCUGCUCGUGGACCUACGCUUCCGAGAUAUUCCCGACGCGCGUGCGCGGCAAGGCUGUCUCGUUCGCUACCGCGUCGAACUGGAUCUUCAACUUCAUUCUCUCGAUGACGACGCCUCCGGCUUUCCGCAACAUCCAGUACCGCGUCUACUUCCUCUACGGCACCUUCAACAUCUGCUCCUUCCUCCACUUCUUCUUCAUGUACCCCGAGACGAAGGGCCGCACCCUCGAGGAGAUGGAGGAGAUCUUCGACGGCACGAACACCUUUACGGCGUGGCGCGUCCCGCCUGCCAAGGGCAUCAAGAACGUUGCCGACAUCGAGUCGUCCGCCGGCCGCACUCCAAGCAUGGGUGAAGUCGACGACAAGGACCUCAAGGGCGGAGAGUCGCGCGUCGAAAACGUCCACUCUGUCUGA